CAAUAUGGCGCAGUGCAAUCCACCAGAUAUCCAACCAGCUCGGCCAGAAAGUAAAAGCUUCGAUGAUUUUCUGUUUAAAAUAGAGACAGAAACGAAGGCAGAGGUAGAUAAUUUCUUGUCGCGCUGUAUAAGAACGGAUAACGAGAAUCCAGAGAUUCCUCUUCUGAAGCAACUUGAAAACGCUCUCCAGAAGAGGAAUGUUAUUGAAGUAUGGAAACUGAUAGUCGAGACCAAGAAGCAAGAUAAGGAUGCCAUACUUGAAGGCCUAAGCGAUGUGUGGAGAUCCAUCGCGGAAGAGGAGAACAUUAAAGAGGAUGGGUGCUCUUGGAAAUGUGUCUCUCGUUUUUCUUGUGGGAAACUGUGUACCUUGUUCUGCGCAAUAAAAAGCUGGAUCACACUCUCAUAUAUUGAGGACGAUAGCGAUCAAAGGAAAGGAAUACCAAGCGAAGAAGAACAGACUUGGAUCAGAGUACUGAGCAACCCGCUGUACAUUAGUCUAGAAUAUCUCUGGAGAAUGAAUCCCAAGUCAAACCAACAAACAAACCCAGAAACAAACAAACGAACCAGACGCAGAGGAAGUAAGUCAACAGACGUAAUUGAAGCAGCCCUUGACGAUUCUUACCUUCUUGAGAAAGUGGCAGCGUAUGAACAUCACUACAGCCGAGAUGAAUACUUAGGUGGUGCAAAGGAAUAUGAACAAUUUGCCGUUGAUAUCAUCGAGCAAGCCGGUGCCUCACAGCUCUCUAAAAUCAUUGAUAUCGAAGGAAAAGGACCAUUACUAAAUAAGGCGCCGAAAGAUUUUAUUCAAAGUCUCAGUCUGUUAAAGAAAGCAGCAGAUAAACAACGGAAGUUGUUCGUGACGAGUCCCAAGUGCCAGUAUAUUCUCAAUGAGAUCAUUUAUCUUGGCUGGCGAAAGUGGCAGGAUGAAGGAUUCAUGACAAAAGCUAUAUUGUUUCUUGUUCAAUUUCUUCUUGUCUCCCUCGCCAGUAUAGUAUACAUUCCUCUACGACUGAUUCGCAGAUGCUGCUGUCGUGGGCAAUUUGAGGACAAAUGCUUCUGGAAAUUUAGGAAACUUUACGAACAUCCCUAUUCAAAGUUCAUCAACCAGACGAUGUCUUACGUGCUGUUCCUUUGUCUUGUCUUCGCCUCGUCUUAUCGGAAUGAGUUUAAGAUAACACGAGAAGGUCCUGAGAUGGUGACAAUUGACUACGCUGUUCUUGCCUUCGUAUUUGGUCUACUUCUGCAGGAGUUAAACGAGCUCUGCAGGCAGGGCUUCUUUAAUUACUUUUCAAAAUGGUGGAAUGUUGUUGCCACAGUCAUUGUCUUCACAUUUCUGUCGUCCUACACAGUCUGGGUGGGUGCAUGGGGAUCUUACGGAGGGUGGAAACCUGAGAAACAGGCGUUUAUCGUGGCUGACGCCAUUUAUGCCAGUGGCUCUGUGGUGGCAUUUUUCCACUUGGCGCACAUUUUCCAAGUCCAUUCAACGCUGGGUCCCUUGCAACUGUCCCUCUAUAAAAUGUUGAAAGAUGUCCUCAAGUUUCUUGGCAUCUUCCUUCUUCUUUAUAUAGCAUUCACCACGGGCGUGGCCAAGAUUUACUCGUACUAUGUCGCCUCUCAGAUAGAGCUGUAUAAACAGAACGCCACCAGUCAUCCCCAGGUGUCUCAUCCAUAUGCAAUGCACACAAACACCUUCCUCGAAAUGUUCUGGCUGUUGCUUGGUCUCGUGGAAGAAGACAAAAUCACGGUUAAGGAUCCCGCUUUUUCCCUCACCUCCACCUUUGGCCACCUUUUUGUUAUUGCCCAUGUGAUUUGUACAGUCAUUGUAGCUUUGAACAUGCUGAUCGCAAUGAUGAACAACUCUUUCAACAGGAUCAUGGAAAACGCAGAUGUGGAGUGGAAGUUUACAAGGACUCAGAUGUGGUUGGAAUGGAUCGAUAGAAUAAAUAAUGUUCCCGUGCCGUUCAACCUCUUGUACUUCAUACUGCGCUGUUUAUUUUCAGAAUGCUUUAAAAAGUGUUGCUGCGAAGGUAGACAAACUGACGUUGAGCGGGGAAAUGGUGACAGUGUUGCAGAUUUCCCGUCAUCAGAGGAGGGACAAAAUGGCGCGAAGCAGGGAACAAGACACGCAUUUCAGUACCAUCCCAUAAGACAACAGGUCAGACACAACUUAAUUGUUUCCUGAUUUCUUGAGGUUGCAUCUGUUUCACUUUUCUAUAGACUGAGGUUCUCAGGAGAUGACGACUUUUCCCAUGGUGAAACCUCCUUCAUCUCUGCUCUGCCCCCCCUCCCUACCCCCCUCUUGCUUGUGAUUUGUCACUCCUCAUCCAUUCUCUCAUAUCCCUAACUCUUCCCAUAUCUCCUGUUUCCCGUCAUCCCUAAACACUUACCUCUCAAUCUUUACUCUUUACCAGUUUCUUCCCACGCUUUUCCCCUUAUUCAUUGAAAUAUUAAAUUAUUUAUACCUCGUCUGGCGUAUCCAAAGGGGUAAUUUUGGCAGGCGAGGCAUUCUCUUAACUUUCCUACAUGUGUCCAUCUGAACCCAAAUUCCUUGUGAAGUUAAAUGACGGACGACAUCUUUUUUCCCGUAUGGUACUAUCGUGGCAGGCACAGACGCCCCCAUCCUCUCCCCCUCUGGGAUUCUCCACGGAUGUCUGUUCGCAAAGGGUAACCUCUGAACCCACAGGGAACUCGUACUUCAGUUACUUAUGCUUUUUUUACAGGGGGAAAAUGACCAAGCAAAUCGCUUUAAAGCAUUCUGGGAGAAAAUAAAAGAGUGUAAAUGCUGCAGAGACCCCCAAUCACCAAAUGAGGAACGUAUUGAAGAAAUGAAAAAACUAGUCGUGGAGUAUCUAAAGAAACGUUACACAGCGAGAUGGGACGAGCUGGUAGCAACUACCCGAUUGUAACACAGGUGGAAGAAGCACAUCGUAUUGCAAGAUGAGACAGCUUCAUUGGAUAGCUCACACAAAUAUACUCAUCUAGGAUAAAUAGUCUAAAAUGAAACACAGAUAGUCCUGCCGCCUACUGAGGAACGUUCCGCAGACAUAG